UAUUGUCAUGGUAAAUAUUAACGUGAUUCAAAGAAUUAAUUUUUCUUGUAUUAAAUUAUUUCUCUGUUUAUAUUGUGAAGGAUAAAUUCAACUAAACAAAUAUCCCUACAAAUUUCUGUGUUAUAUAAUAUGUACAUUUGUAUAUUUUAACAUUAACAUAUUUCAAUAAUACAAGGGGGGGGGCGAAUAGAAGAUUAUUGAAUGAAAGGGAGAGUUUAUAAAAGAGGGGAAGAUUAAUUCAAUUAAAUAAAACAAUAAACUGAAUUUGUAACCGAUUACAUGAUAGUCAAUUAUUGAGGAAUCAUUAAACUUAUGUUGAAUAACUACUGAUUAUACGGCUGAUACAUAUAUUGAACAGGCCUUAUUUGACUUCAAAAUCAAACAAUUAUUAUUCCUUUAAGAUGUUGGCUACUAAUGAUGUCAUUAAAUCUCAGUACGAUACAUUACUAGAUAAACAAUCAAUUAAUUCAUGGCUUCCAUUGCCACAUCCAUGUGUAUUCACAUCGAAUUGGUCAUCUCUUCAUUUUGAUUUAAUUAAAAAUUAUCCAUUAUCUUGUUUACAUUCAAAACAUACAUCUGAAUCAAAUUCUACAUUAACACUAAAAGAAUCCUGUUUAAAUGUUCAUAAACUAGGAUCUAUGUCAAAUGAAUCAACCUUAAACAAUGAUCAUUAUAUAGAAGUGAAUGAAGAUUGUGAAACAGAUUCAAAUAUGAUUCAGAAUGAAAACAGUACAAAUGAACACCUUAAUAAAGAAUAUGAAACUCUACCAGAAGUAAAGAAACCAAUAUUAUCAACUCAUAAAGGUAUAACUAAUAAUUAUAUAACAAUCAAAAAAUUUACAAUUCGUGAAACAACAAAUUUAUUAAAAACAUGGUUAAAUAAUCAUCGUCAUAAUCCAUAUCCAACAAAAAAUGAAAAAAUUAAAUUAUCUAUUAUAACUAAUUUAAGUUUAACACAAAUUUCAACAUGGUUUGCUAAUGCUAGAAGAAGAUUAAAAAAAGAUAAUCAAAUGACAUGGAUACCAAAAAUACGUCAUCAUAGGAUAGUAACUAAUUCAAUCAAUUUAAAUAAUAAUCAUAAUAAGAUACAAAUUUGUCAAAAACAGGGUGGUGGUGGUGGUGGUGAUGAUAAUAAUAAUAAUGAUAAGGUUAAUAUGGAUCAAUUAUCACAAACGAAAUCUCAAUUAAAAUCAACAAUAAUAAGAGAUUGUUUAAUUAAUCCAUUCAAUACUAAUCAUCAUCAUCAUCAUCUUCAUCAUUACAACUAUCACCACCACCACCAUCAUCAUCAUCAUCAUUCUCCUCAUUUGACAUCAUUCAAAAAUCAAUUAAUUUUGAAAUAUUUUCUAAAUAAAACGACCCAGCAACAAGAAGAAGAAGACGGAGAAGAAGAGCAACAACAACAACAAGAACUACCAUCACCACAAGAAGAAUGUCUACAAUUCAAAGAGAAAUUAAAUAAUAAUAAUAAUGAUGAUGAUGAUCAGAUCAAUUUAACUAAUGAAAAUUCUAUAAUCAAUAAUGAUCAUAGUAACAAUGAUUAUCAUUUAUGGUAUAAUGAUUAUCAUACUAAAUUAAUCCAUAUAAUCAAUCAAUUAAAUUGUGAUAAUAUGGAUCAAUAUCCAUUAUUAUAUGGAUCAUUAUCGAAAUUAACUACAAAUAAUAAUACUACUACUACUACUAAUAAUAAUAGUAUCAUAAAAGAUGAUCAGCCAUCACAAUUAUGUAAUCCUUCAUCAAAAAUAUGGUCAGUUGCUGAUGUCAUCGAUGUAUAA